AAGGCAAAAACACUAGCCAAAUCAAUUCGCAACAGAGCAGAAUAACAAGAAUCAAAUGGCUAUAGUAGAAUUGCUACCAAGAGAGUAUGGAUACGUUGUGCUGGUGCUGGUUCUCUAUGGCUUUCUUAAUGCGUGGAUGGCUUUCCAAGUCGGCAAGGCGAGAAAGAAGUAUAAGGUGUUUUAUCCAACUCUUUACGCAUUAGAAUCUGAAAACAAGGAUGCAAAGCUCUUCAAUUGCGUUCAGAGAGGGCACCAGAACUCUUUAGAGAUGAUGCCUAUGUUCUUUGUAUCGCUGCUUCUGGGAGGACUCCAAUAUCCUAAAAUUUCUGCUGGGCUUGGACUCCUUUAUAUAGUGGGUCGUUAUUUCUAUUUCACUGGCUAUGCAACUGGUGUUCCUGACAAUCGUUUGAAAAUCGGGAAACUUAGUUUCUUGGCGAUGAUGGGGCUGAUGAUCAGCACGGCUUCGUUGGGGAUCAAUCUUCUUCUUAGAAAGUGAACUUUUUAGACUACUACUGGUUUGGUUUUUUGUUUCAUUUGUGUGUACGAGAGAGAGAGAGAGACAGAGAGAGAUUACAAUUGACAGGGUCUAAGUAAGCGGAAGAUCACAAAAUACAGUGAAGGAUCAAAACACUAUGACUCUGCUUUGGUGGCUGUAUGUAUACUCAAUAAUAAUAUAUGAUGCUUUCAACCAAAAAAGAAAGCCAAAGAUCUUGUGGCAUUUAUGACAGUUUAAUAUUGUAUACUUGACUUCUUUCCUUAAAUUUGGUAUUUCAGUUAGUGCCUUCA